AUGACAAACUCCCUUCCAUACAAAAUUGAAAAACCAUUCAAGGUAGCAAUCAUCGGUUCAGGUAACUGGGGAACUGCAGUUGCCAAAUUGGUUGCUGAAAACACUGCUGAAAAGCCGGAAAUUUUUGAAAAAGAUGUUCAAAUGUGGGUUUUCCAAGAAGAUAUCGAUGGCAGAAAGUUGACCGAUAUAAUAAAUCAAGAUCACGAAAAUGUCAAGUACUUGCCAGGAAUCCAAUUGCCAACCAAUUUGAUUGCCAAUCCCGAUGUCGUUGAUACUGUUAAGGAUGCUGAUUUGUUGGUGUUUAACAUUCCACAUCAAUUCCUUGGUAGAGUCAACAAGCAAUUGAAAGGUCAUGUAAAACCAACUGCUAGAGCCAUUUCAUGUUUGAAAGGUUUGGAAGUUGACCCAGAAGGUUGCAAAUUGCUUUCUACGUCGGUGACCGAUGACUUGGGUAUCUAUUGCGGUGUCUUGUCCGGUGCCAACAUUGCAACCGAAGUUGCUAAAGGUAAGUGGUCAGAAACAUCCGUCGCUUACACUAUUCCUAAAGAUUUCAGAGGUGAAGGUAAAGAUGUUGAUGAAUACGUGUUGAAGGAAGUUUUCCACAGACCAUACUUUCAUGUCAGAGUCAUACAGGAUGUUGUCGGUGCUUCAAUUGCCGGUGCAUUGAAGAAUGUCGUUGCUUGUGCUGUCGGUUUUGUCAUUGGUGCUGGUUGGGGUGACAAUGCCAAAGCAGCAAUCAUGAGAAUUGGAAUUAGAGAAAUCAUCCAUUUUGCCUCUUAUUGGCAAAAAUUUGGUAUCAAAGGUUUGGCCCCACCAAACCCAUCUACUUUUACCGAAGAGAGUGCGGGUGUUGCCGAUUUGAUAACAACUUGUGCUGGUGGUAGAAAUGUGAAGGUUGCCAGGUACAUGAUUGAACACAAUGUUGACGCAUGGGAAGCAGAAAAGAUUGUCUUGAAAGGACAAAGCUCGCAAGGUAUUAUCACUGCCAAAGAAGUUCACGAAUUGUUGGAACAUUUCAAAUUGCAAGAUGAAUUCCCAUUGCUCGAAGCUACGUAUAAGAUCAUUUACGAAGGUGGCAAAGUAGAUGACUACCCAGGUAUUUUAAACAGUGAUUAG